GCAACAUUGAGGACUGUCAGAUAUCGCUAAUUUAGCAAGCGGCAACAUACCUUAACAUCAGAAACCAGACAUUCUUGUUUGUGUAGGCUGGUGUUCAGCACCCUUGUGGAUGGAGUACAUGCUCCAGUGAAAUGACAGACCAGGGCAAUAAUAAUCAGAACAUCGCGCGAAACCCCUUUGCUGCCCUCUUCAGUUCCCUAGCUGAUGCCAAGCAGUUUGCAUCAGGUCAAAAGCAACAGCAACAUACUGAACCACCAUCGGAAGACUCAGGGGAAAGUCAGUCAGAAUCCGAAAAUUCAGUGUCUGACAGCAUUGAUGACAAUGAUGACUCAGUGGCUGAGAUCAGCCGCUCGUUCCGCUCACGGCAGGAGCUGUGCGAGCAGCUCAAUGUUAAUCACAUGAUCCAGAGAAUCUUCCUCAUCACAUUAGACAACAGUGAUCCCAGUUUAAGAGGAGGUAAUGGCAUCCCCCCACGUUGUGUCUAUCUUGAAGAAAUGGCAGCUGAUCUUGAUGGCCAAGAUUGGCUUGAUAUGGACACAAUUGAGCAGGCUCUUUUCAAUAGGCUCCUUCUGCUGGAGCCAGGGAAUCACCUUAUUUACAUGACCUCCUGUAGUGGAGUUAACCUCUCAGCAGACCGUGAUGCAGGCGAGAAGUGCGCUAUACCGUACCUCUAUUCCUGCUACCAGAGAGCUAAGGAAGAGGUGACUAAAGUGCCAGAGAAACUCUUGUCAUACGCUGUGCGCUGUAAGAACUUGACUGUGUCCAACGCUCGCACAGUCCUGCUCACCCCAGAGAUUUACAUCAGCCAGAACGUCUAUGAACAGCUGCUGGACCUGCUGCUGGAAGGAGUUAGUGGAGCUCGACUGGAGGAGGUGGUAGAGUUUGUUGAGGAGGUUAUUGCUGGCCUUUUAGCUGACCAGGAGGUCCGGACUUUUGGAGAGGUGAUGGUGCCAGUGUUUGACAUUUUCCACGGUCGAGUGAAAGACUUAGACCUCUGCCAGCCCCUGCUCUACUCAUACCUAGAAAUUCUCAUCUACUUCAGCCGUCAAAAAGACAUCGCUAGGGUCUUGGUCGAGUACAUCCAGCCCAAAGAUCCCAGCAAUGGACUGCAGUACCAGAAGACCCUUCUGGGUACAGUGUUGAAUAUUUCUUGUUUACUGAAAACCCCUGGGGUUGUGGAAAGUCAUGGAUUUUUCCUCAAUCCCUCACGAUCCAGUCCACAGGAAAUGAAGAUUCAAGAGUCUAACAUACACCAGUUCAUGGGUCAGUUUCACGAAAAGCUGUAUCAGAUCCUGAAGAACCUGCUCCAGCAGUCUAACGAGACGCGUCACCUUCUGCUCUCCUGGCUCGGCAGCUGCCUGCAGGCUAACACCGGGAGGGCCAAGAUCUGGGCCAAUCAGAUGCCUGAGAUCUUUUUCCAAAUGUAUGCCUCGGAUGCCUUCUUCCUCAACCUGGGCGCCGCGCUGCUGAAGCUGUGCCAGCCCUUCUGUCGCCCUCGUUCCCCCAAACUGCUGACCUUUAACCCUACUUACUGUGCCCUGAAGGAGCUGAGCGAAGAGGAGAGACGUAACAGGAACGUGCAUGCCAGAGGUCUCGACAAGGAGACGUGUCUGAUACCUGUUCCUCCUCAGCAAACACUUGAAUUUGCCCAGUCGUAUGGUCUCCUUACUGAAAACCUCAUCUUAACCCAGCUUACGCUUCACCUGGGCUUUCAUAGGCUGCACGAUCAGAUGGUUAAGAUGAACCAGUCUCUUCACCGGCUCCAGGGGACAUGGAGGGAGGCUCAGCUCAGUGGUGGUCCGGCAGCGGAGCAGCUGCGUGAACAGUUUGAGCGUCUAAUGACUGUCUACCUGUCCACCAAAGCCGCUGCCACUCAGCCAGCCAUGCUACAGAACUGCCUCAAUCUCCAGGCGUCCUGUGCUGCUCUGCUCGUCCAGCUCGGCCUGGGAAACCAAGGCCCUGAGCACGUUCAGCUCUCAUUCCCUCUGCCUCCACUGCACAAUAGCAUGUUGUGUUGUGUUCCAGAGUUCUUUGCUGACAAUAUGGGCGAUUUCUUCAUAUUCCUUCGGCGCUUUGCUGAUGAGGUGCUGGAGACCUCAGCUGAGAGCUUAGAACAAGUCUUAAACUUCAUUACUAUGUUCAUGGGAAAUGUUGAAAGGAUGAAGAAUCCUCAUUUGCGAGCAAAGCUGGCAGAGGUUCUGGAAGCUGUGAUGCCCCACAUGGAGGCUGUGUCACCUGGCACUCCACAACCCAUCAUGUUUCAGCGCCAGAGAGUCUUCUGUUCUUACCGCCAUGCACCUCAUUUGGCCGAAGCUCUUAUCACUGUGUUUGUGGACAUUGAGUUCACAGGCGAUCCUCACCAGUUUGAGCAGAAGUUUAACUACAGACGACCUAUGUACCCAAUACUGAAGUAUAUGUGGGGAAAGGAGAACUACAGGGAAAGCAUCAAGCGUCUGGCUGAUUAUGCAUCUGAAAACCUGGAGGCCAUGAAUCCCCCUCUCUUCCUGAGGUUUCUGAACCUACUUAUGAACGAUGCAGUCUUCUUACUCGAUGAGGCUAUACAGUACCUCAGCAAAAUCAAGCUGCUGCAGCUGGAGAGGGAUCGUGGGGAGUGGGAUGGCCUUGCCCCUGACGCCCGCAGAGAGAAAGAGUCUAGUCUGCAGAUGUUUGGCCAGCUUGGUCGCUUCCACAACAUCAUGUCAAAUGAGACCAUCGGCACCUUGGCUUUCCUCACGUCCGAGAUCAAGGGGAUUUUUGUUCAUCCCUUCCUGGCAGAGAGAAUCAUCUCUAUGCUUAACUACUUCUUGCAGCACCUGGUUGGACCCAAGAUGGGUGCCCUGAAAGUAAAAGAUUUCAGUGAGUUUGACUUCAAACCCCAGCAGCUGGUGUCAGACAUCUGCACCAUUUACCUUAACCUUGGAGAUGAAGAAAAUUUCUGUGCCACUGUUCCAAAAGACGGCCGGUCGUACUCCCCCACCCUUUUCUGUCAGACGGUUCGAGUCCUCAAGAAAAUUAACAAACCUGGUGAUAUGAUUGUAGCCUUCAGUCUCCUCGCAGAUAAAAUCAAAUCUCUAGCGGACAGACAUCAGCAGGAGGAGGAGACCUACUCAGACGCCCCAGACGAGUUCUUGGAUCCAAUCAUGUCAACACUUAUGCUUGAUCCUGUGCUGCUGCCUUCUUCAAAUGUCACCGUGGAUCGUUCCACAAUAGCACGUCACUUACUCAGUGACCAGACAGACCCUUUCAACCGCAGUCCGCUCACCAUGGACCAGAUUAGGCCCAACGAGGAGCUCAAGCAGCAGAUCCUACAGUGGCUUGCAGAACAUAAGCAAGGACAUCUGCAGAUGGGACCCAGUGGUUAGCUCCUUGCGCUCACACUCUCUCGCUAACCCCAGGCAUCCUCUGCCCACAGACUUCACUGACUCUAUCUGCCUGUCUUACCUUUCUCGAUGCACUCAAGCAGUAAUGGAAGAGUAUGGGCCUACCGAAGUGGUUUUGUAUGUCUCCUGAAGAUCAGUUGAGGAAAAAAAAAAGAAGAAAGAAACAGAUUCGGGAAUGUGAGAUGUUCACCAUUCUGCUGACCUCUUCUCACCUUCAUCUGCCUGAAUGCUUUCUGUCAACAGUGACAGUGCAGUCUCCUCCUUGGACGUAUUCAACAUUUCGACUGCUGCAAUAGCUAUGAAAUAACUGUAGUGAUUUUUAUUACAUUUAGUCUUGCCAAAUUGCAGAGUAAUCUGAGUGGUCAUUGAGGGUUUAGUAUGUUGAGACACUAUAUUUCAAUUCUCAUCCAAAUUAAAAUGUAGAUUAAAAGAUAUCAAAGAUAUUUCCAAUGCAUUUGUCCUCUACCUCCAGCUAUGUAAAAAACAUAUGUACAGCACAUCUGUAUGCACCACACAUGCACAGACCAUAUAUAAGUUUCCAUUGUUUAAACUCAGUAUUCUCUAUUGUCUUAUAGGAGAAAAAUAUUCGUGUAAUCUAUAUAUUGCCCAUUCAAAUGUGGGCAGCCCCACUCUUAAUUGCAGGGAGGAGAGAUGUUUUCAUAAAGAAAUCUGUGCCUAUAUCCAUGAGCCCUUUGUUUCAUUUUAUAAUCAUGGCAUGGAUGAGUGUCAAGUUAUUGCGACAUAUUUGUUAAAAGUUACAUUUUGAGUGGAUACUUAUUGUUUCAAGAGGAUUCAUAAACAUUUUUAAACGUAAAUCAUUUUUAAUGUGAUAUUUCAUUGAUUUAGGCAUCAAACGGCAUCAUAUAACUUUAUGCAUCUUUGUGUGACAACUGUGGGUCUGUACUUAAAUGUUGGAAAGAUCUGUCAAAUGUUGCUUUACAUCCAUUGCAUCUAUGUUUAACUCAGUCCAUGUGUCUAGCAUGAUGAAUCAGAGGCAUGUUCAAGUUGAUCAUCAGCCUGUGAAUAUCAGUUCAUGAUUUUGUUCAUCAUAAUCAUGAAUCUGUAAGGAAAAAAAAAUCCUAUUUUUGUCCAUUGUUCUGAAUUGUAGGGAUAUCUAAGUUUGAGUUGGCAAGGAUGACAUUGAAAAAGGUACUUAAACCGCAAAAGUGGAGAGUUAUAGUUUUGUUACGUUCUGCCACAUCUGGCCAUGUUUUGGAGUUUGGCAGAAAUAUAUUAAACAAGAGCAUUGAACACAAGUACUAAACAAGUAUAAAC